AUAACAAAACCAACAACAAACAUUGAAGUGGUUGAAAUUUGGAAUCUCUUGAGACAAGCAUGUCAUCAUCCUAUUGCAUGCAAAUAUUUUUCUGCCUCAUUUCAAUUACUCUCUCAAAGCUGUCAGAAACAGCUAAUAAGUAUAGCAGACGGAAAACUGGGAUUGCCGGAAUAA